CCAGAGUGUUUAUUUGUAUUAGUGUCAUACUUUUAACGCGGUUGUCGUUUGAUAAUUCUGCUUUUCUGUAUAAUCUAAGGAUUAACUAGAAAUGGAAUCGUUCGUUUGCUUCAGAAAACUUUUAUCUGCGAAUUGCUGUUAUUUAUGAUACAAUUUGGAAAUCAAGUAAUUUUUAAAGAAUUCAUCAUGAGCUCUUCUGAUGUCAAUGACCUUCACAAAAUUUGGUUGAGUUUCUUGAAUACAACUAAAACUGAUGAUGGAGAAAUUUGGUUGGAUACCUUUUUAGUGAAAUAUUUAAGUUUACUUUGUGGACCAAAUGUGAAUAUAAAUGGCAGUUUUAGUUUCCAAUGGAAGAGCUCAGGAAAUAUUUUGGCACAUCAGUUACUUUCUGAUAUGUAUCAAAUUUGCGAAAAAGUAAAAGCUAAGUCAUUUCAGAAUGCUGAUCAUAUAAAUGUUUCUGAACCAUUCAAACAAUAUCUGUUAGAAGGACGAGGAUGGAAAAUUUUAUGGACAUUAGAAAAUAUUGGGAUUCAGAAUCUGCUGUGCUUGAAAGAUUUAAUAAAACUCUUAAUACUUCAUGUUCCUGUUCUGCUGUCUCUUCCUGUUUGUGUGUCAUCGAUUCCUUCAUCAUUACAAAGAAAACCAAAGUCUUUACCUCUCAGUUCUUGUUUCGUGUUGCCAAAAAGAAAUAAAAACGUUCCAUGUAAUAUAGAUUUAAGAUGGCCAGAAAACUAUAAUCCAAAGAGAAAAAGGAAUUUAUUUGGUAAGAAACGUAUUCGACGUAAAAGGUUAAAGGAUUUAGAAAUGAAUUCAAGUUCGAGUUCCGGUGAUGAUCAAGUCCUUUUUGAACCUUGUGCCAUACCAGCAUCACAGCUCAGAACUCUUCAAAAAGUUCAUCGCAUAAAUCCCACAUCUGUGCCAAAAAGUCUUUCUGAGGGUGAUGAAAGUGACCAAGAAAUUUCUUCUGCUGAUCCUUUAUUGCCUGUAGAGCUUCAAGAUUUCCGGUGCUAUUCGAUUUCAGUCAUGGACUACAUGCAUUUUAUUUUAAAUUUAUUUCAAGAAAGUGCCCAACUUGAUCUUAGAAACUCCGAGUAUCGUUCUUGUUCAGCACCUUUAAUUUUAGAAUUUUCAUUAAAUGCUUUGAAAGAUAUUCAUGGUGGACGAUAUGCAUUUCAAGGUUGGCCAAAGGAAGAUGUGCAAAGUAUACAAGGCCAACUGCUGAAAUUAGUAUUUCUGUCAGCUACUGUUACUUAUUCAAGUUUAAAUUAUACCGGUGCUCCUAAUGAAAAUGAAGUAAUCUCAACUUUGCUGACAAUUUCAGAUGAAAUUAUUUCUUUUCGCGGUCGAAAUACUGAAACAGUAUUUAUUUCUGAGAUUAUCAAAGGUUGUUUAAUGCUGAUUCAUAACACAAUCGCAAUAUAUUCUGAAGACUAUGCAAAAAUAAUUUGCAUUGUUAGGACGUUUUAUGAAAGUGGUUCAGAUAUUUGUCACUACGUCAUUUCAUGCCUUGACAAGCAAUGUGAAAAUAAAAUUGAAAAUGACAUUUUCACUAUUAUCUCUCUUAUAAAAAGUAUCAUAAUUUUUCUAAAAUGCGAGAAAAUCUCCACUAUUCAUUCUGAAAAUAAUAAUGCAUCUGUUAAAGAAUACAUACACCAUCAUCAUGAUUUAUUUGGCCCGAGUGCUAACUAUAUCGACAGCAGUAAAGAACCUGUUUGCUGUAUUGGAUCAAUGUGUUGUAUAUUAUUGAAGAUCUUCAAUUUGUCUAUUUCAAAGGAUGUUUUGAAUGAAGUUAUAAAACAGAUAAAAAUGUGUGGAAUUUGUUGCUGUUUGAAUCCUGGUUUCAUUGUUAAGAUUUUAUUCAGUAGGUUUAAUCACUUGGACUUGGAGACCCAGCAUCUCACAUUAGUUCUUCUUGAAAAAUAUUUGUUCCCUCAACUUGGACUUACCUCAAAUGUUCAAAAUCUGUGUGACCAUUGCUCAACACGUCUUAUUGAAAGUGAAAAUUUGUCUUGGCCAUUAUUUGAAAGACUUAAUGAGUCUUACCACCAAGAUAAAAAGGAAAUGCUAGGGCGAAAUCUAAAUGUUGGUAGCACUUUUUGGACUAAUUUUAACCUUUAUGGCGACUUGCUUAACUCUUCAGCUGUUGAAACAUUAGAAAAUGUUGUCAAACAUCUUAUUCAAAUUUUUGCAGAUGGAUCUAAUGAACUAAAAAGGCAAAUAUUCGUUCGAGUUAUACUUCCACAGUUUUUGCACUUAUCAACCAGUGUAUAUCCUUUAUCAACUGUUCAAAAAAUAAAAAGCAAAUGUUUUUUAACAAUUCUUCAGCUUGUUCUUACAGAGAAUACCCUUUCAGCUAUAUUUGUUAAUUUUGGUGGAAUACCUAUACUGUAUCCGUUUCUUCAAACUGCAGAAUUCAGACAACUCUCUCUUAAAGCUCUAAAAAUAUUAAUUUUAUCCGAAAAUGAAACCAAUCAAGAUAUCGAUUUUUCAAACUCUUAUUCUGUAAUGAUGUAUCUGCCAGCUUCAAUAACGUUUUGUGAAUAUCUCCUGGAACAUACUCAGCUAUUUUCUGAAAAUCUUGGCAGACUUUUACCUAGUGCUAAACAAUCUGAAACUAAAGAUGAAUGUGAUCUUAAUGUUGAAUCUAAGAUUUUUGAUAACUGUUUGAACUCCGAAGAAAAAAUUCAUUUCAUUUGUGAUCUUUGGAAAUCUUAUAAAGAAGUCAUAUCUCUGUUAAAAACUGAUUACUUUUACAGAAUGAGUGAAAAAACAUUCGAAACCGGUUACAAUUUGUUUAUUAUGUUACUUGAAAAUUUAAAUGGUAUUUUGACAAUUCAAGAAUUUUCAAAGAAAUCAGAUGUAAUGAAAAAUGUACUACUUCUAAUUCAAAGCUUGCUUACUGUUUGUAUAAUCACCCAGAAAGAGGUUUCCACCAAAGUUGCUGUAUUAGAAACAGUUAAAAGCAAUCUUAAAGCUCAAUCACCAAAAUGUGCAGAGUAUCAGAUAUUAUUGUUUGAUUUUAUUCUGAAAUGCUGCUUUUCUUCAACUCCUGUGUUUUCAUCUCUUCCAUCCUUUUGCAAGGGAAAUAAUUCGAACGAAGUAUUUGAUGGAAUGACUUUAUCUGAUAAAGAUGCCACUGAUGUUGGAUCUUAUAGUGAAAGCUACGCCGGAGAUACGGAAGGAAGUAAUAGUAGUGUUUUCCAAACCAGUACAAAGUAUGAAGUCACCCACCAGAGUUUUAUUGAACAUGGAGAAGUUGUUAAAAUGCUUCUUGAGCUUCUCAUGCAUUUUCAAAAUGAUGUUGAUACUGAUUGGGUGCCAUCUGCAUUGUAUCUAAUGCAGACUUUAAUAAAAUUAUGUCAAGAAUGUGAGAUAAAUAAGAUGGUCCUUUGUAAAGAGGGAAUACCAACGAUGUUAUUAGAAAGCUUUUCUUACUCUUUGGCAUCAUCAGAAAAAAAAAUUUAUGAUUACCAAAAGGCCACCUUGGAUUUAUUUGUUCUUCUUGCCCAGCAUUCAAUCCAACCUGCAGACUUACGAAAAAUUAUGCAUUUCUUCAAAUCACAAUAUGCCCCUAUUACUCUACUUUUAAAGUGUUUAAAUUUUCUGGUUGAUAGUUUUGUUAUUCAACCGGUUUGGAGUAUUCGUUUCCCAUGCCUUCGAAAACUGGGUCCAAACACCAGAAGGUUGAAGAAAAGAUUGAAAACAGUAUAUAACAUAUAUAAUCAAUAUGCUUCAUUAAAUGGUACUUGUGCUUGGACUUGUAGUGCUCUCUAUUUUCCUCUUACUGAAGAUACCAGAUGGCAUUCAUUCAACAAAGGUUUUAGCUUUACUUUAUGGAUGAAACUUGAUUGCCUUGAUCAUCUCUGUCCUUUUUUAUUAUCAGAAUCUAACAAAAGUUACAUUUUGUAUAAAAGACAAAUAUCUGGUGAUGAUAAAGAUUUAUUUGAAAGUGAUUCUCAUAUGCUUCAUGUAGUAUCUGUUGGCUCAAAUAAAUUUCUAUUUGAACUGUGGUUUGAUAAAUCAGAAAAAGAUCUUAUUGUUAGGAUGAUAAAUUGUGCCAAUGGUGAAGUUACCUGCUUAUCUAAAGGUGUAUACAAAUCAGUUUUGCAAACUAACAAUUGGCAUCAUAUAGCAGUAAAUUAUUCCGAAGACAAUAAUAAAUCUACUAUCAAAAGCAGAGUACAGAUUGUAUUAGAUGGAACCAAAGAGAAUGUUUUUAACUUCACUUUCAAAAGAUCUGGAAAUAAUCUACUGAAUAAUUGCUUUAUAUUUCUGGGACAUUCUGAACCUGAAGAUUCAAUGAGUUCAGCCUAUUCAAUAGGAAGUUUUAUGUUUUUUAAAGGAGAUGUUUUAACUAGGGAUAUUAUUUUCUAUCUCUCAAGCCUUGGCCCAAAUAUAACAAAUAUAACUGACUGUGCUAUCGAGAAAAGAGAUUCCUUCAUUCCUAAAUGUAGUGUAUUAAAAAAUGUGGCUACAUUAGUUAGUUCAGAUGUUUAUAUGGGAAUCAAAGUACCAUGUUUAGAAAUUUUACAGAAUUCCUUAUUAUGUUCAUAUGCAGCUGAAACAGAAGAUUCUUACUUAGUAUAUCCUUCUCUGUCUCGAGGAUUUUUUCCAUUUAGUUAUUCAUUUCCAACCAGUGGAAAUGCAAAAAUUUCUGGCUCCCAAGAUCCAUUAUAUCAAAAACUUCCAUUAGAACUACAAGUAUUAUCUAUAGGGCAUGUUUCUUGUUUGGAGUUACAUGAUUUCCAAUAUGCUUUCCAACAUGCUGGUGGAAUUACAGUGGUUUUGUUUUUGUUUGCCUAUGUGUUAGAACAUGGGGAUCAUGAUAAAGAUCUUCCUGAAGCUCUAAAUUUAAUUUUGAAGCUCGUGAACAAAAACACUAUUUUUGCUGAAGAUCUCAUUCGAAUUAAAGGGUACGAACUUUUAACUCAGAUGAUAAUCAGCAAAAAAUGCACCAUUUCAAAUGAUCUGUUUCAGGUUUUAUUACAAAACUGUGUGACAAGUUUUGCUCAAAAUAAAGAUAUCAGGAAUGUGAAUUUUCUGAAGUUUGAAAAGCCAACUGUGAUAUCAAAUACUGCCAUUUUUAAUUUGAUGCUAAAAUCCAUUGCUUUUGCAAAAAAUUCUUCAAUGGAUAUCCUUCUUUCUCUUUUUACAUCUUUAGAUUACUUACUGGAUCCAAAACUUGCAAACGUACCCCUGAAUGUAGAACAAAUGAAUUAUGUUCACACUGUGAAAAACUUAUUAUGGUUAUUAAAACAAAAUUACAUCAUGGCGGAGGAAUUCUUUCCUGAAACUGUUGCUAUAAAAAUUCCUAAGCUCAUGCAAAAACUAUUAACGUAUAAAUUUGAUGAUGCAAUUUUCAGAAAUAUAUGUCAUUUCACUUUACUUCUGCACAAAUCAUCAUCAACUUAUGUUUGCCACUCUCGAUCUGCAUUUUCCUUCCUCACUAUUGCUGAUAAGCUGGGAGCUGCUAAAAAGGAUGGUUUGAAAAAUAGAACUUCUACAAUCUGGUAUGCAGAUGAAGGUGAAAACUACGUCUUUUUACAAAAAGAAAUUAAUUUAAGUAGAUUAUUCAGAAGAUCAUCAUCCGUUCCCAAUAACAAAAGUUCUUCAUUCAUUUCCGAGGAAAAUUCUAAAUUAUCAAGGAUGAAAUCAGCUGAGUGUUUGGGUAAUAACAACUUUUUAUCAUCUUCACGACAUUCUCGACAAGUUUCGAAUGAGGAAUCAAAUGUGACAACUGAUAUGAAAGAAGAUUCUCCUAAGAAUUAUGUUAAUGUUUCUAGAACAAGCGAAACUUCUGAAAUUUGUAUUGGUUUAUUGCAACUGAUUCAUGACUUUAUAAACAAAGAAGCUUCUACUGAAGCUCUGCAGUUAAUUCAGCCUGAAAUAUUUAUUGUUCUAUCAUACACGACUGACUCAAAAGUUUGUGUUGCUGCCUUAAAAGUACUAAGCAGCUAUUUAAAAGAAGCAAAUGAGAAUGUUCGAAACACUUUUAUAAACAUAAAAGGCUUCCAUUUACUUUCCAAUCAGCUUCAUCAGCAUCCAUUUGAUAGUUCAGUCCUUGAUGCUUGUUUCUUGUUUCUAUUUAAUAUCCCUCUGAUGGCGGUGGAUGUAACCAAUAUAUAUAACUCAAGAGAAGUUACAACAUUUCAUACAAUGUCUUGGUUGCCAUUAUUGGCAAUACUUCAUAAUGCAAAUUCUGAUCCUCAGAUAUGUCAAAAGAUCAUUUUGGUAUUGACAAAGUUUGUACAGCUAGGACCUGCUAUAUUUGUGGAUCUUCUUGAUAAUGGUCUUUGUAUGAGCAUUUGCCAUUUGAUUAUUCAGAUUUCUCAGUCAAUCUCUUCUAAAACAGAUAAAAGAGAUAUUGCUGCAUUAGAAAUGAAUUCAUGCAUGAAGUCUAUUAACAAUUUAUUGAAAGUAAUGACCACUGAAUUAUGUAGCUCCAAACGCUCGAAAGAUUUUUCUGAAUUUUGUGAAAUUCUUCAUUGUUUUGCUGGUUUAGAAAGAAAAUGUAUUGAUGAUUAUGGUCCCACUUCACAUUCUGUUCAGACUUUAAGAGAAUGUCAGUGUAUGAUGUUUCAAGUAAUAGAAGAACUAGCGGUUUUAUGGGACUCUCAUACUUUAAAGUCUAACUCUACAUAUCUUAAUGAUAAAACAGUCUGGGAACUCCUAAACGAGUUUCAAGAAACCUUAGGUACUUUUUCUACCAUCUCAGUGCCUGUUGACGAUAUUGGGGUUGAAAAUGAAGAGCUAUAUCCUGCUGAAAAGAAUAAUGCUCAGUUUGGAAAAUCAAUACGAGAAAUCCCUAUGACUGAAAUUAUCAGCAGAUUUGAAUACAUGCUUACAGAAGUAAUGCACUUUAUUGUAUUUAAAGAUCCUGGGAUAAAAAUCUCUGUUAAAGAAAGGGAUUUCAUAAAAGCCAUUUUUAUUUUUUGUGUUAAAGGCCUUGGAAUAUCAAUGAGUAAAAAUAUAAGUACCCUAAAAAGUGAAUAUUCAACACUUAUGUGCUGCUUAAAGGAUGCUUUGAAGAAAGUGUUGAGCAGUCUUUUGAUGUCUGUCUUCUCACCAAACCAAGAUCCAUUGAUCAAAGAAUAUGUUGUGGAAAUUUUAGCUAGUCAUCCUUUCAAACAAAAAAUUCUUCAUCUAGUUGUAUUUUCAAUCACUAGAAUUGAAUACUUCCUUAUAUUUUUGGAUGAUCUUCUCAUUAAUUCACCAACCAAACUUAAAAAGAAUGCAAUAAUUAUGUGCUCUAUAGUGAAGGAUUUGUUGAAAGAUUCUUCAUAUUUAAGUAUUCUUGCAAAUGCUCCAGAUGUUCAAAAGCUGAAAUGUGACUGGAUUCAUCUGUGGAAUGAAGAUCGCUGUAAAUGGAUAUCUGAAGUCAAUAAGUAUAAUGAAAAAAUGCUUCAUAAAUUUGAAAGUUUGGCGAAGGAAGUGUCUACUGAAGCACUAAGUGUCACCCAAAAGGUUUUUGAAAUUCAGAACAAUGAACGAAAAUCUUUUAUGGAAGAAUUGAAAGCUAAAUAUUAUGAAGAAACUUCUGGGCGGAGGACUUGGUUCAAACUUGUUGAGCAAAUGACUCAUGAGAAAGCUGUAUGGCACAUCCCUGAGUUUUAUCCUCGUUCAUGGGAACUUGAUCCUACUGAAGGGCCCCUUAGGAUUAGGAGAAGAUUGAAAAGAUGUUAUCUCAGAGUGGACUCAAGAUUCCUGAGGCCCGAUUAUAUGGACAGAUUGGUGGUCAAUAAAGAUAAAAAUCAGCCAUUUCUAAAUUUGCUGCUACACGAUAAUGAAUUUCCGGAUUCAGCAGCGGUGUUGCAUAGACUUCAUAGUCAUGAGCAAAUUGAAUAUACAUCAACAUGCAAAAUUGUAACAGCAUUUGAAGAAGCUCAAGUUGAAAUUCUAAUUGGUGCCUAUUGUAUUCAUCUUAUUGGAGAAGAAUCUUCAGCAAAGAAUAUACAUCUUCCUAUUUCUGAAAGUUUACCAUUUGAUUGCAUUAAAGAAAUUGUACCUCGCAGAUAUGAAUUACAAAACAAUGCCUUUGAAAUAUUUCUAACUAAUGGAUUAACAUACUUAAUAGCAUUUGAUUCUGAAAGGCAAUUUCAGUACAUUUGGAAACAACUAGAAAAACACGGCUUACCUUGUCAGCAUGGCAUUGAAGUAGCAUACUUAACUCAGUUGUGGAGAGAGAAAGCUAUCACAAACUUUGAAUAUCUUACUCAAUUGAAUAAGCUUGCUGGUCGUUCCUUUAAUGAUCUUAUGCAAUAUCCAGUUUUCCCUUUCAUUUUGGCUGAUUAUGCGAGUCCGUACUUGAAUCUUUUGGAUCCAGCAGUAUACAGAAAUUUUGAAAAACCAGUAGCUGUUCAGCAUAAAUCCAGAGAAAAAUUUUACCAAGAUACAUAUGAAUUACUGAAAGAACAGUCUUGUGGACCAUUCAGUACCUCUGAACUUCCUAUAUCUGGACCAUAUCAUUAUGGAUCUCACUACAGUAACAGUGGCACUGUAUUGUAUUUUUUAAUUCGGCUCCUACCAUAUACUUACAGCUUUAUUAAAUACCAAGACAAUAACUUUGAUAUACCAGACCGAGCUUUUCACUGUGUUGAUACUUCAUGGCAAUUAGUAACGAAAGAUUCCACAAGUGAUGUGAAAGAAUUAAUCCCUGAGUUCUUUUUCUUACCAGAAUUUUUAUCAAAUCAAAACGGUUUCGACUUUGGUGUUCGUCAGUCUGGUAUAAGAGUGAAUGAUGUAUUGCUUCCACCAUGGUGUAAACAGAAUCCUCGGUUAUUUAUACUUAUCCAUAGACAAGCAUUAGAAUCGGAGACCGUUACUAAAAAUCUUCACAAUUGGAUUGACUUAGUUUUUGGAUAUAAGCAGACUGGUGAAGCAGCAAUAAAGGCUAUUAAUGUAUUUCAUCCAGCAACUUACUUUGGUUUUGAUAUAAACCAAUUUCAAGAUCCGAUUAGUAAACAAGCCUUAAAAGCUAUGGUCAAAACAUUAGGUCAAAUGCCAAAACAGUUGUUUUUUAAUCCUCAUCCUAUGGUUUCUUUGUCACUUGCAUCUAUUGAUUUAACUGAAGAUCAUGAUGAUAUAUUGGAAGUGGUUGAUACAGUGAGAGGAUUACAUUGGGGAGACUUUGUUGGAUCACCAUCUACUGGAGUACCUAGUUUAGUAUGGUGUCGCAAGCAGGCUGUUGUUUUGGGCAGUUUUUCGCCACUUCUUGCAAAUUACAUGUUUGGUUUGGGUGAAAAUAUUUGCCUUCUGUUAAAUCAGAAGAAAAAUUCAGAUGUAUCUAGUGCCACUUACAUUAUGUCUGCUGCUCUAGUGAGUUGGGGACAUAAAGAUGGCAUAAUAAGAAUAAAGUUAUGUCGUGAUCAGCCUGCAAUUCCUUUACUGCGAGAGAGCAAUGUUGAUCCAGUGUGUCUUUGUGCUUCUGUUCCAGAUUGUGAAAAACUGUUUAUUGCUCAUUUAUCUGGCAAAAUCUUUGUCUAUUCAUUGUAUAUAGGGCCAUCAGGACAAACAGUGACACAGGAGCAGCCAGUUCUUCAACUAAAUGCUCAUACAGAUGCAGUAACAUCACUUUAUAUAUGUAAAGCAUUCAGCAUUUUUGUAUCAACGAGUAAAGAUGGUUCAGUUGUUAUUUGGGAUUUAAACAGGUUGUGCUAUGUGCGAUCUUUAACAGGUCAUGAGGGCCCUGUUGAGCUCAUUACAGUCAGUGAUACAUUAGGAGACAUUGCUUCCUCCAGUAAUAUCUGUGAUGAAAGCUUUUUAAGAGUGCACACUAUAAAUGGGGAAACUGUAGGAUGUGUAAAAAUGCCUGAUAUUAUUACUGCAUUAUGUUAUUCUACUGCACCAGAAGGUAUAUCAGUAAAUCUUAUUGCUACUGGUUUUCGUUCAGGAAUAAUACGGUUGUGGAGUUCAUGGGAUUUAAAACCGGUGAGAGAAAUUGCCUGGGACCGAUUCCUUCUUCCUAUAAAAUGUAUUGUAUUUUCUGCUGAUAAUCAACAUUUAUUUGCUUCAAAUGAAAAUGGCACAGUUGCAGUUUGGGAGAAACCAUCAAAAGGCUUAACCAGUGUUCCACGGCUUUUAGUUUUUACUUAAAAUAUUUUAUGUGUAAAUAUUUUACAUUUAUGUAUGCUUUAAUGUAGACUAGUAUUUCAUUUAUCAGCUAUUAGUUAGAAAUUUUACUUUUUUUUUAAUUCAAAGUGAUUUAAAAGCUAAUAUGUUGAUCAUGAAAAUUUUUGAACAAUUAAUACUGAAAGUUUACACUAUCAGUUGAACUGUGAUAUUUUGAAUGUGCUUGACUAAUAUGAUGUAGUACCGGUUAAUUAAAAUAUUUUUGUUUUUUGUGUGUCUAAACAUUCCAUUAUUGAUUAUUUUCUAGGGUACUGGUUCUAAAUCUUCUAUGUAAUGUCCACUCUCCACACUAAAAAAAUGUUUACUAUUACUUUAUGUUUUGUGCUGACUGAAAGCUUAAAAUGCAGAAAAAUAUUUUAACUGCUUUCUUUUAAAUUCAAAAUAUUUAAAAAUGCGCAAUUGAAUACAUAUAUUUAUAUAUAAUAUAGAUUCAGUAAUAAAUUUUUAAUUUCCAAGAUGUGUAUUUUAAAGAUUGAGAACCACUGCCAAUAGAAAUUUUAUUUAUAAAUAUUUAUUAGAAAACACAGUUUUCAGCUUCUUUUCAUUUCCGGUUAUUACUUCCAAUUUAUUCAUUACACCAAUCUUUACUAGUUAGUAUUCUAUUCAUGUUAAAUCUUUAUUUUUCAUAUGAAAUAACAUAUUUAAUUUUUACAGGUUUGCUGUGAUAAAAUGUAAAUGAAUAUGUAAUAUUUUGAACAAUUUCUUAAGAUAUCAGGUUGUGUAGCAAAUGGUUAUGAAAAAUAUCUAAUACAAUCUAUAAAUAUAAAACAUAACUAUUUUUAUGAAUGUUAUUUUAGUAUUUUUCAAACAAACAUAGUAAGAUUUAUCAUUUAUUCUUCGAUAA